AUGGAGCCAGAGAGUUCAGAGAACUUCUGCACAGUGGAAAUUGAUCUCACUACACCGCCGCCACUGCCCCCUGGACCUGCCCCAGUCCAGAUUGAUAUUGCAAAUAUUGCGACACAACAGACGGCAUCGGUAUCACAAACAUCGCCUAUUGUUGCAGGCACUGGGAGAUUGGCAUCUCCCAGUCAAGAUUUUACUAUAGUAUCCUCAAAGCGCAAGAGUCUUGCCGUCUCAAUUCUCGGUCUGAUCACUGACAAACUCAUCAAGAGACAUAGCUCUUCAGGAACUGCUGAUUCUCAGACCAUACCAACCGCUAAAAGUCUUGGCAAAUCAUCUCAGGGUAUCGGAUGGUGGGUUGGUCUAUUUGCAUAUAUAUUCGCAUUUGCCGUAUUUGUACCCAUGACCAUUGUUGCUCUGAUUGCCAACGAUGGACUUAUGCCCGUGGAUGAUGUGACCUUGACCCCAGGAGUAAUGCAGGGCAUUCGACAAGCCCAUAUGAUGAACAACUCUCAAGUGUACGACAACUUCACAGCUUCGGUGGCCUCCUUAUAUAUUAGAAACGAGGACCAGAACUUGACCGACGCUAUCUUCACAAACGUAUUAAGAUCUGAAUUGGGGCUCAUAUAUCCCACCCUGAUUCAAUUUGACGCGACUCUGAAAGCCAGAGCAUAUCAGACCGUAAAUCAAACCAGAGAAGCGGGGUAUCCUGCCGCGGCUGGGAUUCCCGGUUUCUCUGCUGUCAUUCAAGGUACACUGGCUAGUCAAGGUGUGACUGCAGUCGUAUUCUUGCAAAUGGUGGAGAAUGGUAUAGCUCGGGCAACUAUUGCAAGCGCUGAGCGUCAUGAAGUAUCUCGCAAUGACAAUAUUGUCGGUACGGGUAUCCAAGUGGGCCCAGCCAUGCAGAGAGCGUACCAUCUAUCACCCGAGAAUAUAUACCAAACCGCCGCAAACGCACACAAAAAUUUCUUGGUGCAGUUCUUCCUGGGCACAAUAUUAUGUCCGAUUGUACUGGCCGUCCAACUGUCUGCUGCUUUUGGCUACAUGACUAGAGACUACCAGGCUAUGAAUAUCACAUAUAAUGUGACUGGAUUCAUCGUCGCAUCGUUGGCAAUCCUGGGCCCCAUAUCGGCGGUGAUCCUCCGGCAACGGUGUAUGUUCGGCGUUUUCAAACAAAGAACGAGACACUCGCACUACUUCAUCACCCUGCCUUGGCAUGUGUUCCUGAACCUGUUCAUCAUCGGCGUCUUCACCUUCUGUGCCAUUGAGCCCGAGAACUGCCCGGUGUGGAAGCGUUACGUUCCCAUCUUUGUGACUGUUGUCAGCUUUGCCCUAGAGUUCAUAUACUACACUUGGAAUGUACGCAACGCGAGUGGCAUGUUUGUGGACAUCUGGCAGAGUGCGCGGCUGCUUCUGGUGGUGAUAUUGACUUGUUCUUGCUGCCAGUGAUCAAAAUUUUCUUCGGCGACGUGGGUACAAGUUGCGAGGUGAUCUGUCGGCCUACACGGCAUGCGAAAUGGUGGGUAUACUGAGUGCGGCUGAGAAGAGGUCCGUGACAUGGUGCGAUCUAACUUGCUGGGCGAUUUUCAGAAGGAUCCCGAAGUAAACAAGGUGAUGGAGCGAAUACUGCGCGCAGUAGAGAACAUGACUAUACUUGCCAGUCACGGACUGAUCAUCACCUCCACAACCAAGGAAGAGACGGACUCUGAGAAGAGUGACACGACUCGUGCUUGAGACGGUGUGGCGCAACGCUGGUAAACAUCCACGUGAAUGACUAUAGACUGGUGUGUAGGUGGAUGGAUGUAUACUACGGUUGUAUACAACGGUGAGAACGUAUACCAGUGUUGGAUAGUAACGGUAAAGAACGGUACGGAGGAAAAAACAACUAGAAGUACAGAGUAUAUAUAAUAUAAUAUAAUAUAAUAUAAUACACAAUAUAAGAUAUAUAGAUAUAUAGAUAUAUAAUAGGAAA